AUGUGUACUAUCUCCGCCAUAUUAGUAACACCGAAAGAUAUUACUCCUGAAAUAAUGAAACAAUUAGUUCAAAGCCCUGGUCAACUUCCUCACAAAUCCGACUUAGCAAAUUUCCUUAACGAAAAUCCUCCUGUAAAAAUACCGCUUUCCCCUAAUCAUUUUUUCCAAUUUAAUACAAGUCUGAUAACUAGAGAGGAACGAGAUACAUAUUUUGAACUAAGUACAGAAGUGGAUUGUACAUUACUUUAUUCAAGACUUAUAGGGCAGUUAAUUUACCCUGCUUCAUAUGGAAUAACAGAAAACUCGUAUCAUUAUUUGUGGGAUAGUAUUAUUAAAAAUACGAUAGAGAUGUUUGGAAAGCAUAACGCGAGUUUGCCAAUACUGGAAUUUUAUCGCAAUACUAGCUCAACAGGUCCAGAUAUGGUUGUAUUAGUAAGAAAUACUUGUCUUUUUCGAGGUGAAGAAAAGUCUCGCGAAGAAGCAGGAGAUCCUUCAAGAGAAUUAGUGGAUAAAUUCAAUGAUUGGACCUAUGGAGAUGCACCAUACAUCUUUGCAUAUUAUGCUGUUGGUGUCCAUGUCACAUUUGUUAUUUUGCAUAAGCCUGAAAAUAAGUCGACUAAAAAGAGAAAACUGAGCGUUUAUUCUGAACGGAUUGCAGAAUUUGAUUUAGAGC